GGACAGGAAACCACGCUAGUACAAGAUGACGACCCUGGUUCUGGCCCUGUGGUUGUAUCUCGCACGUUUCUACAGCAGUCCUCUCGCUUUUCUGGUCGCAUGGCCCCUUUCUUGAACCCUUUCUGGGGAUCCUGCCUUCGUCUAAUUCCGUGCAGCUGUUGUGGAGAUAUUCUGCAUUUUAUGGAUGGAGGCACCUUGGGACAGUUUUGGAGAUCUCGAAGCCGAUUUCACGCUGCUUCGUCGCCGGAUCUCGCAUCCUUUGGAGCUGUAUACUACCCAACCAGGGCGUUCAAACGCCAUAUCAUUUCGUGCGUAGAGGUACCUUCGCACAAAUUUAUCAAAUAUCUUGGGACCGGGUGCACGGGUUCAUUCCGUUUCUUUUGCGCAGCGUUCUCCAUGUUCCUCUCCGCUAUCCCCGCUAGUGACAUGCGACUUCGAGUCCUCUUCGUUGUUAGGCGGACUCCCCUCCCCAGGACACUGCCUCGUGUAUCUCGCCCGUUUCGCCGCCGGCCUCUUGUUUUUUUUUGGGGAUGUCGUACUACCCAGUGAGGGCUUUUGAACAGUGUAUGCUACAUCAUAGUAGCUGUAGAGGUUGCGGAGAUGUUCCGCAUUUCGUGGGAGGGGAAACCUUCAGACAAGUUUGCGAAUGUUUUGGGACCGCGUGCACGAGUUCCCCCCAUGCCUUUUUUUCUCGUGCUCUGCUUGUUCUGAUUUGGUGGCAUUUCAAGCAGCCGUUGUUCGACACUCACCCCUUACUCGCGCAUUUCCAUCCUUCGAGCCA